UCAUUUCACACUAACUUCGACAAACACGCCAUUUUCCUCGCCCGAUUCUCUAAAUCCUCUCUCCAGUUAGCUAUGGCGAUCCGAGCCGCGAUUUCCGGUCGUCCCCUCAAGUUUAGCUCGUCGGUCGGAGCGCGAUCUUUGUCGUCGUUGUGGCGAAACGUCGAGCCGGCUCCUAAAGAUCCUAUCCUCGGCGUUACCGAAGCUUUCCUCGCCGAUCCUACUCCUCAUAAAGUCAAUGUUGGUGUUGGAGCUUACAGAGACAACAAUGGAAAACCCGUGGUACUGGAGUGUGUUAGAGAAGCAGAGCGGAGGAUCGCUGGCAGUUUCAACAUGGAAUAUCUUCCUAUGGGAGGUAGUGUCAACAUGAUCGAGGAGUCACUGAAGUUAGCCUAUGGGGAGAACUCAGACUUGAUAAAAGAUAAGCGCAUUGCAGCAAUUCAAGCUUUAUCCGGGACUGGAGCAUGCCGAAUUUUUGCAGACUUCCAAAGGCGCUUUUGUCCUGAUUCACAGAUUUAUAUUCCUGUUCCUACAUGGUCUAAUCAUCAUAACAUUUGGAGAGAUGCUCAUGUCCCUCAGAAAAUGUAUCAUUAUUAUCAUCCUGAAACAAAGGGGUUGGACUUCGCUGCACUGAUGGAUGAUAUAAAGAAUGCCCCAAAUGGAUCAUUCUUUCUGCUUCAUGCUUGCGCUCACAAUCCUACUGGGGUGGAUCCUACAGAGGAACAAUGGAGGGAGAUCUCACACCAGUUCAAGGUGAAGGGACAUUUUGCUUUCUUUGACAUGGCCUAUCAAGGAUUUGCUAGUGGGAAUCCAGAGAAGGAUGCUAAGGCUAUCAGGAUAUUUCUUGAAGAUGGUCAUCCGAUAGGAUGUGCCCAAUCAUAUGCAAAAAAUAUGGGACUAUAUGGCCAGAGAGUUGGUUGCCUAAGUGUGGUUUGUGAGGAUGAAAAACAAGCAGUGGCAGUGAAAAGUCAGUUGCAGCAGCUUGCUAGGCCCAUGUAUAGUAAUCCACCUGUUCAUGGCGCGCUCGUUGUUUCUACCAUCCUUGGAGAUCCAAACUUGAAAAAGCUAUGGCUUGGGGAAGUGAAGGGCAUGGCUGAUCGCAUUAUCGGGAUGAGAACUGCUUUAAGAGAAAACCUUGAGAAGUUGGGGUCACCUCUAUCCUGGGAGCACAUAACCAAUCAGAUUGGCAUGUUCUGUUAUAGUGGGAUGACACCCGAACAAGUCGACCGUUUGACAAAAGAGUAUCACAUCUACAUGACUCGUAAUGGUCGUAUCAGUAUGGCAGGAGUUACUACUGGAAAUGUUGGUUACUUGGCAAAUGCUAUUCAUGAGGCCACCAAAUCAGCUUAAUGUCUGAAAUCAUGGAUUCAAUUUGAAUAACCAGCUGUGGAAGGCUGUGGAAACGACAUCAAAUGUCUGAAUAUCGAGAUUCAUUUUUUCCCUUACCGUUUUCUCUCCUUGUAGGAUGGACACUGUUGAAUUCCUUUUUUUCUGAUGGGUGAGUGAUUUGAGGAAACAUGUUGUAAUAGCUGAGUUAAAAUAAUCAUACUGACAGAGGAACGAAUAGGGACUUGAUUCUGGGAGAAUUUUGAGGUGUAGAAGCAGAGUCAUUAGACAUGUUGAGGUGGAGAAGUUUCUCUGUUGUAUUAUAUGUCAUUCUAGGAUACAUCCAGUCAUAUAAUUAGCCCAACCCGGCACCAUUUGCCAUGAGGCACUGGAUUAAACUCCUCUGCAGUACUAUUCUAAUCUUCUUAUGUUA